CAUGUACCAUGUGCGUUGUCCGGUUGUCGUCGUCGUUGUGAACUCGAGACUCGACUACUUAAGUAGUAAAGUACUAACUGACUAGUGACUAGUGAUCWGUGGGCUUAAGGAUUGAAAACAGGCAAAACUGCUAUGUGCCACUCUCGACUGACGUGAGACGAGUGUUAGUGACAACAAAUAGUAUUUGGUAAAUUAUACUAAUUAAAUUUUAGUAUUUGGUGACAACUACAACCCAACUUGAAAAGUGUUCAGCAAAUGAACUGAUACUYCGUCGAUACCGAGACGUAAUCAUGAAAAAUAAAAUAUUUUUUGCAAAAAACAAAGCUUCGAAAUGUCCAAACAAUCGCCGUGGGAGACUUAUCAUUCGAAAUCUUCCGUUUACAACAGAUGAAGAACAAUUAAAAGAACAUUUCUCCAAAUUUGGUGAAAUAAAUGAUAUUAAACUUCUACGUAAACCUGAUGGAAAACUUAUUGGUUGUGGUUUUGUACAAUUUAUUGUUAAACAAAACGCUGCUAAAGCGAUUGCCCACACUAGUGGCAAAGACUUUGGUGGUCGAUGUAUUGUUGUUGAUUGGGCUAUACCAAAAAAUAAGUAUGAAACUAUUCAUACUACUAAAGAAAAGGAAGAAAAUAUCUCUGUCAAAGAAGAAUAUGUCGAAGAGGCUAUUGUUGAAGAUCAAGAAGAAAUUAAAGAAAAUGUAUUUAAUGAUCAAGUCAAUAUAGAAGAACCUUCAAAAACCAUUGAAGAUUAUCUUACUCUUGACUCAAUAAAAGAUGAAGAUGACAAUUUGGUAGAUUUUGAGACUACAGAUAUUGAAAAUGAUGUUAAACGAAAAAGAGAAAACAUUGAUGACAAUGAGUCUGUAAUUUCUACAUCAAACAAAAAACGUUUUAAAUCUCAUGAUGUUAAAGAAGGCUUAACAGUAUUUUUCAAGAAUGUUUCAUUUAGUGUCAACAACGAUGAACUGAAGCGAUUUGUUAAAGAACGAUUUGGACCAAUUUAUUAUGCACUUGUUUGCGUAGAUCGUUUGACUGAACAUUCUAAAGGAACAGCAUUUGUCAAAUUCACGGAUGCURGCAGUGUAGAGGCUUGUAUGUCUAGUUCUCCUGAAGAUCUAACUCUUAAUGGAUCUACAAUGGAACCACAAAUGGCAAUUGAUAAAGAAGUUUUAGAUAAAAAUAAAGAUGACAAAAUUACUCAUAAGGAUAACAGGAAUUUGUAUUUAAUCAAAGAAGGAGUCAUCAUUGCUGGUACAGCUGCUGCAAAUGGUGUAUCUGUUCAUGAUAUGAACAAGAGACUUGAGUUGGAACAAUGGAAAUCCCAAGUUUUAAAAAAUUUAAACAUGUUUGUGGCACGUAACCRACUUAUCAUCCACAACUUACCAACAAACAUGGAUAAUAAAUCCGUAAAAGAUUUAUUUACAAAAUAUACACAUCCCAAAGCUGUAUUGAAAGUAGUUGUUAUGAGAAAUUUAAAACAAGUUGACCCCAAUGGAGUAGCAAUUUCAAAAGGAUAUGCUUUUGUAACAUUCAAGCAACACGAUGAUGCUUUAAAAGCACUCAGAUCCAUUAAUAACAACCCAAAGAUUUUCAAUUCAAAUAAAAGACCAAUAGUGGCGUUUUCUAUUGAAAAUAGGUUAGUUUUACAAGCUAGACAAAGGAGAAUAGACAAAAGUAAAACUAGUAAUCCAUUAUUCAACAAACAACUACCAAGUACUUCAUCAACUGUUGAGAAUAAAAAUAAAAAAUUUAAUGCAGAUAAUAAUAGAAAAGAUAAUAGAAGUACUGCAUUAUCUAAAAAAAAAACAGCAGAUCUCCCGGAAUAUACUGGUAUAACAGCGAAAGAGGGUCACAUGGCAAUUCGAUCUAAGUUCAAACUUAAAAUUCAAUCUGAAGCUCACCAAAAAAACGUCAAAACAAAGAAGAAAAUCACCAUGAAAAAGAAACGUGAUUUAGCCAUCAGGAACGAGAAGAAGAGAGAACCAAAAGUAAAGAGCAAAAAGAAAAAUACUAAGAAUGAUGCAUCAUUUUCAAAAUUAGUCAACAAAUAUAAAAAUAAAAUUUCAGCUCCAGAAACUUUGAAAAAAUGGUAUGAAGCAUAAUGAGAAUUUAGUCUAUUUUCUGUUGGAUAUUUGUAUAUUAUUAAAUAUAAUUCUCUUUAAAUCGA